GUUUUUUGCUUGCGACAAUGACUGCCAGGCGGAGCCGACAUUCAACUCGACUUGAAUUCAUGUGACGUGGCCCGGAUGACGGCUACAAAGUUCAUUGAGCGCUGGACUGGUCGACUCGGUCAAAUUUCUAGUUGGAAUUAAAAUUGUUAAAAUGAUCUGAUUAAUGUAAGAUCAUUUGUAGGACUCGAAAUUCAGUCGGCUCGAGACCGCACGUUAUUUAAGCGAAGCAAGCAGCGCACAGCGAGAUGACGACUUACGAGGAAUUCAUUCAACAAAAUGAAGAUAGAGAUGGGGUCCGUUUUACGUGGAAUGUUUGGCCAUCGUCGAGGGUCGAGGCUACCAGAUUAGUUGUACCAUUAGGAACAUUGUAUCAGCCAAUAAAGGAACGAUUGGUUUAUCCACCGAUUCAGUACGAUCCUGUACUGUGCACUAGGUCUACAUGUCGGGCAAUUUUAAAUCCUCUUUGCCAAGUGGAUUACAGAGCAAAGCUUUGGGUGUGCAAUUUCUGUUUUCAAAGGAAUCCAUUUCCACCUCAAUAUGCUGCAAUCUCUGAGCAGCAUCAGCCAGCUGAAUUGAUUCCAAUGUUCUCUACAAUCGAAUAUACAAUAAUGAGGGCUCAGUGCUUGCCACCGAUAUUUUUACUAGUUGUGGAUACUUGUUUGGACGAAGAUGAAUUGACGGCCUUAAAAGAUUCAUUGCAGAUGUCGUUAUCCUUGCUACCGUCUAAUGCAUUAAUAGGUCUUAUUACAUUUGGAAAAAUGGUGCAGGUUCAUGAAUUAGGAUGCGAAGGAUGUAGUAAAAGCUAUGUGUUUCGGGGAACAAAAGAUUUGUUGCCCAAGCAAGUACAAGAUAUGCUAGGAAUUGGAAGACUAGUUCCUGGACAAAAUCCAAAUCAAAGAGGACCAAGUGGACAGCCUUUACCUCCCGCUAAUAGAUUUUUACAACCAGUUCAGAAGUGUGACAUGAGUUUAACAGAUCUGCUAGGGGAAUUACAAAAAGAUCCAUGGCCUGUUGGUUCAGGAAAGCGUCCCUUAAGAUCGACAGGAGUUGCUCUAGCCGUAGCAACUGGAUUAUUAGAAGCUAGUUAUGCAAAUACUGGAGCGAGGAUUCUUUUGUUUGUGGGAGGACCUUGUUCUCAAGGACCAGGCCAAGUUGUCACUGAUGAUCUUCGUCAACCAAUAAGGUCUCAUCAUGAUAUUCAAAAAGAUAAUGCUAAACAUAUGAAGAAAGCAACAAAACACUAUGACAGUUUGGCAGCUCGAGCAGCAGCCAAUGGUCAUAUCAUAGACAUUUAUUCGUGUGCGCUUGAUCAAACUGGUUUAUUAGAAAUGAGACAAUGUUGCAAUUCAACUGGCGGACAUAUGGUAAUGGGCGAUUCUUUUAAUUCAUCGCUUUUUAAGCAAACGUUCCAACGUGUAUUUUCUAAAGAUACCAAUGGUGACCUUAAAAUGGCCUUUAAUGCAACCUUAGAAAUAAAAACAUCGCGUGAAAUUAAAGUGUCGGGUGCGAUUGGCCCUUGUGUAUCCUUAAAUGUAAAAGGAGCAAGUGUCGGAGAACAAGAAAUUGGGUUGGGUGGUACUUGCCAAUGGAAAUUUUGUUCGUUGACUCCUUCAACAACAACUGCAUUAUUUUUCGAAGUUGUUAAUCAACAAGCAGCUCCAAUACCUCAAGGAGGACGAGGCUGUAUACAAUUUAUCACGCAAUAUCAACACAGUAGUGGCCAACGAAGAAUCAGAGUAACAACAGUUGCUAGAAAUUGGGCAGAUGCCUCGUCAUCUUUACAUCAUAUAGCUGCUGGAUUUGAUCAAGAAGCGGCUGCAGUUCUUAUGUCUCGACUUGCAGUUUUCAGAGCUGAAAGCGAGGAUGGCCCGGAUGUUCUAAGAUGGGUAGACAGAAUGCUUAUAAGAUUGUGUCAAAAGUUUGGCGAGUACGCUAAGGAUGAUCCAAAUAGUUUUAGGCUCGCAGAGAAUUUUUCUCUCUAUCCACAAUUCAUGUAUCAUUUACGUAGAUCGCAAUUUUUACAAGUUUUUAAUAAUUCUCCGGAUGAAACUAGUUUUUACAGAAACAUGUUAAUGAGAGAAGAUUUAACCAAUUCGUUAAUAAUGGUUCAACCACUAUUGUAUAGUUAUGGGUUUGGUGGUCCGCCAGAGCCAGUUUUAUUAGAUACAUCAUCCAUACAAUCAGACCGAAUUCUGCUGAUGGAUACAUUUUUCCAAAUUCUUAUUUUCCAUGGGGAGACGAUAGCUCAAUGGCGUCAAUUAAAGUAUCAAGAUCUUCCAGAAUACGAAAACUUCAAGCAAUUACUAGCUGCGCCUAUAGAUGAUGCUGCUGAAAUAUUAGUUGGAAGAUUUCCAGCUCCUAGGUACAUUGAUACUGAACAUGGUGGUUCUCAAGCUAGGUUCCUUCUUAGCAAAGUCAAUCCUAGUCAGACACACAACAAUAUGUAUGCUUAUGGAGCGGGGAUGCCGAUGUCCAAUGGGGAAAGUGGAGCUCCAGUAUUGACGGAUGAUGUUAGCCUACAGGUAUUUAUGGAACAUCUAAAGAAAUUGGCAGUAUCAUCAACAGCUUAAUAUAUAACAUUGAAUUAAAUAAAAUCGAUCAUAACACUGUUUUUGUAUAUGAUAAUGAAUAUGUUAAGUAUAUAAAGUAAUAUGUAUUUGUUAAGGGCACUAGGGUUUAGUUUAUUGAUUCCAAUGUACCAUAUUGCAUUUAUCACAAUUAAAAACUAAUAAUGCCA